AUGGAUAAUCCAAAGGCAUUGCAGACGUUCAUUGAUCUGGAGGUAGCUCGCUGCAAUGAACGAUGGAUUGACAUUCCAGAGCUAGCCAAACGCUACAAGAAAUACCAUCCCUAUGAAUCAGUGCUUGAAUUCACUGCUCGAAUGGAAGCUGAAUUCAUUUUGCUUGUGCGACAGAUUCGCCAAGAGAUUGUAGCUACAGACUCCAAUGUUACUGAUCUGCCUUCAUCUACAUUAUCACCAGCUUCGACUUCACCGCCUGCCACGCCAACACCCAUAACAAGAAAAUGGGGAAAUCGACAAAUUAUCAACACCAUUGGUUCUUCGUCGAAUCAAAGCAACUCAUCAACAGCAGUUGGUACAACGUCCAUUGUGAAGCGCAAUUAUCCAGAAGAAUCUGAUGUAUUCUAUCAGUUGGACGAUCCCAGCAGCAUCUCGUUGGCCCCUCGACUAUUACCUUCUCAGGUACAAUUGAUUUUAGUCAGAUUAUUAGACGUGAUUCAGAGACAGAUUAAAUCGGGUGAAUUGGAGACACCUGAUGAUUGGCAAGCUCAGUUUUCCAAAAUCAUUUUAGCUAGAAUCUAUUACGAGACUGGACGCUACGACAAGGCAUUGGAGUGGUUACAGCAUUUGGCGUUGAGGUUGGAAGAUGUGGAGGCAGGAUAUGGUCUUGUUUUGCUAGUACAGGCAAGAGUCAUCAAAGGCGUCUGCUUCGAGAAUCAAGAAAACUACACAGAGGCCCUGGAUUGCUAUCUAGGCGCACUCAAUGUCGCUGAGCAACAUCAAAACGAACAGAACAAAUCCUUGUCAUUCUGGUUGGAAGAGUGCCUCUAUCGAUCUGUGCUGUUACAAUUACGCAAAAAAGGCCCUGUGAAACAAACACUGAAAUUGAUGCGCACCUAUCUUCAUUACUGCUGUACGCAAUGGCCUUUAGACUGGAGAAUCCACAAACGAUGGAUCGUCUUUCGUCAUUACAUUCGCUACCUGACAAGAGCCUAUCAAAAGGGCGUCUAUGUACCUGCUGCACCAGAGGACGAAUAUACCAGUCCUGCUUCUCCUGUCUUAUCGCCCAGUCGAUCCGUGUUCUCAGAGACAGGAGACACCACGCUCUUUGAACGCUCUGCUGCCGCCCUCGAUGAAACCAUUCAAUUGAUGACACAAUUUCGAAGCCUUUUGACAGUGUUUGCCAACACAUAUCACAAAAAGAACCCUGUUGAUCUUAGUCACCGUGCAUUGGAACUAUCAAACCUGCUGUUUGCUGCCCAUGACACAGUAGGAUGGGGGUCAACCGACUACAUGCGCCGCACGUUGAGGUAUCUGUACAGAACGCGUAAAUUCACUUUUAAUAGUCUCUGUACCACCCGCCAUAUCUUUUACACACUGAUGAAGCUAGGCGAGGUCCAAGAAGCUAAGCUCGCCCUGCUGGAAUACUUGGAGUUGCUGAAUGUGCCUCAUAUUCUCGAUAAAGACCAGUCUGCACUUACACUCGCAGAACAGCAACAAGAUAGCAGUGAUGAUGAAGACGAAGAUGCCUACCUCGAGAAUGUAGCAGAAACUAUUCAGAACCGACUCGACCACAUUACGCACCAAUCCAUGGCUUCCACCAACAAGAACUUGCUCUUUUGGGAGGAUAAGUUGAAGCUGCUUCAAGGCAUUCGAGACCCAGAGGAAGAAGAGGAGGAAUUCUACUCGUCGGAUGACAGCAACCCACCUCCAGUAACACAACGUGUCCCUAAAAAAAAAGCACCCGUUGGCUCUUACGAAAGUGACAUGGAGUUUGACGUGGUUAAAGUUAUUAUAGCAGCUUCACAUCAGCUGUAUGGUCGGCAUUACAAGCAGGGCCAAGAAGCCUCAGCACUGAGCGACAUUGCCGUUGCAUUGAUGGAGGAAUCCGAGCAUUUGAAAAAGAAAAAGGCUAGUCAAUGGCGUCUCUUGAUGGUACAGAGCAGGAGAGUACGAGGAGCAUCUUAUGGCCUCUAUGCCAUGCAAUGCCAUGAUGAGCGCAAGAGAUCGGUAUGCAUGGCUGAAUCCAUUGCAUCCCUUAAACGCGCCUCCGAACUAGACUCACGCUCCUGGCAAACGUUUUACGAAUUAGGGUUGCAGCAGGCUCUCAUGGGCGAUAUGGUAUCAGCUGCCUCUUCAGCCAAACGAUCAAUUAAGCUUCGUGGCGAUUUCAUACCAAGCUGGCAUCUUUUAUCGCUGGUUCAGUCGUCUCGCCAAUUCCACGCACUACCGAAAUCAUUGCAAUUAAUACAAGCAGCCCUGGGCUAUCACAUGAAUAUGAUUGAAAAUUUUGACAACGAGGACGACCCUGAUUUGGUUUUGUCCCUAGACACGGAGGAGGGGCAAGAGUUCUUUGAUCGCGCAGAAGCUUAUAUGAAAUUACGCAUGUCUCAACUUUAUUUCCUUGAAGUUUUAGAAGGGGCUGAAGCAGCAAUCAAGGUCUAUCCAAAUUUGUUUGACAUGUACGCCAAGCUCUCUCAAAAAAUGAACUUGGCUGUGUCCGUUGCCGAUACAGCAGAGAAGCCUACACACAGCCGAAAGCCAUCCACAUCAAGUCAUUCGCAGCGUCACGACGGGAACAACAGCGUUCGUUCUCGAGCAAAUAGCAGAACAAAUAUCAGCAGUGUACACAGCUUCAACAGUCUAUUUGAUAAUAAUGAGGAUAAGGAGAGCUUAAAUUCAUCUAAUUUUGCAUUGCCCUCACCGCAGCAGCUAUUGCAGGAUGAUGAAGUGAGUUUGGAUGACAACCAGAACAGCAGCAGGCUGCAUGAAGACUCUGAUUUCAUGCGGUCAUCAACUUUGUUAAAGGUGGAAGAAGAAGACCUAGCAGAGCAGUACAUGGAGGAAGAGGAACAGGAAGAGAAAAAGAGUGGCAGAAAGCAUCGCAAGUCCAUCAACUUGUCCCGACAGUUCAUGGAUGAUCCACUAUUGAGCUUCCCCACGGCAAACAAGCCCAAGAAAGACAAGAAGGAGAAGCGUGAGCCCAAGUCGCCCAAACCGCCCAAAAAGCUGCUAAGCACCAAGUCCUUGUUCCGUUCCAACAGCCCUAUGGCAUCAUCAAAGACAUUGUCCUUGGAUUCAACGCCUACUGACAAUAGAAAAGAUGUGGAGGAUGAGUUUAACAAACUGUCAGAAGCCACCUUUUCUAGCUUGGCCAGCAAUACCAGCAGUAGUGUAAAGGGAACGAGUGUCAAGCCUUCCCUUUCGAACCAACAUAGCUCCUCUUACUUUUCCACCUUGCAGCAGCAAAUCUCUAGCAGCAACCAAGAGCCCUCUAUUCAAUUACCUGUAAAGCCAUCAACAGUGACAAAGAAUGCUUACUUCAUUUGCCAAGAAAAACAAUGGCAAUGGAUUUUGAUCAAGCUAUGGACCAUGGCAAGUGCUACAUACACACGUGCACAGCGCUUUGACGAAGCCUUCAAAGCAAUUACAGAAGCAGAUCAGUUGACUCAUGGCCUUAAUGCUGAUGUUUGGUAUCAGAUUGGCACAAUAGCAGCAACUGCAAGCAUUAGCAGCAAAAAGAGUGUGCAACAGCAAGACCGAGCACUAGAUGCAUUUAAAAGAGCCUUAUCUAUUGAUCCUCAUCAUGUAGCGACACAUACUGCUUUGGCCUCCAUGUAUGUGGGAUCAGAUCAGUUUGAGUUGGCAGAGCAACUGCUAGAAAAGACAACCAAGGGAUUAGGCUGGAAUCAAGCAGAAGCUUGGUAUCUCCUCAGUAAAGUGUACAGACAUCAAGAAAACCUUUUAGAUGCCAAAAAUAGUCUGAUUUAUGCCCUGAAAUUGAGUGACACCAAUCCAAUUGAAAGCCUAGAUGUGCUGCCUAGAUUUGUUUGA